AUGUGGACAUUGAUUCUCCUGAUCGGUUUCCUACCUGUUUCAGGUGCAUUGUGGGCAGAGAAAUAUGUAAAAGGAGUUGUGGGAAGAGCGAUCACAAUCGAUUGUCACUAUGGAGCAAAGUACCGCUCGCACGCAAAGUAUUGGUGCCAUGGAUGGACAAACCUAUGUUCAGUUUUAGUGGAAACAAAAGGGCAACACGGACGGAGUGGACGAGUGUCAAUCACAGAUAAGUCGGUACAGGGAAUAUUUACUGUUACUAUGAAGGUUCUUCACUCUGGAGAUACAGGAUGGUACAGAUGUGGAAUUACAACACGAGGUUCUGAUCCGAUGUUUAAUGUACAUUUACAAGUAUCUAAUGAACCCCCGUCUGUUCCUAGGCUUCUUUUUUCACCACCAACAAAUGGCUCAAGUUGUGUGGACUCUGUGUCAGUGUCCUGCAAGUCUGUCCAUGGAUCCCUUCCCAUUCAGUACUCCUGGUAUGAAAAGACACCAUCUGUAGAUUCAAAUAUCUCUGACACCAACAAACUGGAUCUACAUUGCGAAUCCUUAAAAUACAACCAUCUGUAUUAUUGCAAAGCCUCAAAUGCUGUUGGAGAAAAUUCCAGUAAAAUGGUCAAUGUGUCCAUCUCCAAUAGUGUCAGCACCUGCAGAUAUGUGAUUGAAGUCAAUGGCAUGGGUCCAAUUUAUAUCUGUGAAAAUACUGUGACGACUACAGGAAGCAAAGACUCUACACCAAAUAACAUGACUAUUUACAUAAUUGUGCUCAGUGUCAUUGGGAGUCUUCUCAUACUACUUGUCAUUUGUCUACUUUGUUGCCUGAAGAGAAGAAACGGGGAAUGGAAGCACAACACACAUCAUGGAGGAGGCAACAAUGAAACCCAGGAAGAAAACAUCGUUUAUGCAGAUAUACACCAUGCUCGAAACAAUGAGACAGCUGCCCAGUCGGCUGACAAUGAAAAUGGAACUGUGUAUGCAAACAUGAAAUUUAAAAGGAAGUCAAGAGCAGGACGCUCUGUUAUGUAUGAGGACAACACCACCUAUGCAGAUAUCAAAUUUCAAAGCCAAACCACAAGGCCCAAACAGAAAUCUUUCUCUCUUGGUACUCCAGAGGACUCAGAAUAA